UUGAGCUGCUUCUGCUUGUGCUUGUAUUUUGUAACCAAAACCAAACCAAACCAAACUUCAGAAUCAGUCGAGUAGCGGUAGUUGUUGAAGCAAGAGCUAUGCCUGACGUUUAUAAAAUUGGUGACUUGGUUUGGGCCAAGAUGAAAGGUUUCCCGCCAUGGCCUGGCCGAGUUUCCAACCCACCCAAAGAUUUGAAGAGGCCUGCAAGUAAAAAAGCUUCCCACUGCAUAUAUUUUUUUGGCUCCGAAAACUAUGGUUGGAUUGAGGAAAGCAAUUUAAAGCCUUACGAACAAUAUAAAGAAGCUUUAAUCAGGGCAAACAAGUCAAAUGCUUUCAAGGAUGCUGUGGAAGCGAUUGAAAAGUGUGCACAGAACAAAGGAGAUGAGAGUUUUUCAGAUGAGUCUGAUUCAGUUUUUGAUCGCCUUAUAGAAUCUAGUAGUAGUAAUAGUAAUAGUGAAAAGAAACCCAAACCCAAGACACAAAAAAAGACCAAUAAAGAGGAUUCAGACUCAGUUUUUGACCGAUUAAUAGAUUCAGACAAUGAAAAGAAGACUAAACCAAAAUCACACAAAAAGGAAAAUGCAGGUAAAAUAAUAGUCAAAAGAGAAUAUGGAUCGUCAGGUGGUUCAGCAGCUAAGAGGAUAAAGAAAGACAAAAAAGAGGAUUUAGAAGUGACGACAAAUGGAGAUGACCACUUAGCCAGCUCAUUCAGUCCUCUAAGAAAAGGUCCCGGUUCAAACCUACUCGACAGGCCAGCCAAUGUCACAAGGCCGGAAACGCCGCCGCUAGAUUUAGAGAGUGUGUCACAAACAUUAAAAGAGAAAAACAUUCUGCCUUCCACCCUCAAAUUUGGCUUCCUCGGGCUAGGCAUCAUGGGCUCCGGGAUCGUCAAGAACCUUCUCAAUUCCGGCCACUCGGUGAUCGUAUGGAACAGAACGCCAGACAAGGAGUGA